AUGUUGAAAGUUUUGGUUAGUAUUGGGGCUUUCCCUCCACAUCUCAGGUUAGAUAUGAUGGAAAGUGGAGGUAACUCCCUUCCAUCUGGUUCAGAUGGUGUCAAGAGGAAGAUUUCAUAUUUCUAUGAUCCUGAAGUCAUCAAACCUACCGCCGCUAAAGACAGGGAUCUCUGCAAGUUCCAUGCCGAUGACUAUGUCGCUUUUUUGAGGGGUAUUACCCCUGAAACACAGCAAGAUCAGCUCAGACAGUUGAAGAGGUUUAAUGUUGGUGAAGACUGUCCUGUCUUUGAUGGUCUCUACUCUUUUUGUCAGACAUAUGCUGGUGGUUCUGUUGGCGGUGCUGUCAAAUUGAACCAAGGUGUUUCUGAUAUUGCUAUUAAUUGGGCUGGUGGCCUACACCAUGCUAAAAAAUGCGAGGCUUCCGGCUUUUGCUAUGUAAAUGACAUUGUCCUAGCUAUUUUGGAACUUCUCAAGAUGCACGAGCGUGUUCUAUAUGUCGACAUCGAUAUCCACCAUGGCGAUGGUGUCGAGGAGGCCUUUUAUGCCACAGAUAGGGUCAUGACUGUUUCAUUUCAUAAGUUUGGGGAUUACUUUCCUGGAACGGGAGAUGUUCGAGAUAUUGGAUAUGGUACUGGGAAAUAUUAUUCACUCAAUGUUCCCUUGGAUGAUGGAAUUGAUGACGAGACCUACCAUUCAUUGUUUAAGCCCAUAAUGGGAAAGGUGAUGGAGAUUUUUAAACCAGGUGCUGUUGUAUUGCAAUGUGGUGCUGACUCUUUAUCUGGAGACAGGUUAGGUUGUUUCAAUCUUUCAAUCAAAGGCCAUGCAGAGUGUGUCAAAUAUAUGAGAUCCUUUAAUGUUCCUCUUCUGUUGCUCGGUGGAGGUGGCUAUACAAUAAGAAAUGUCGCACGAUGUUGGUGUUAUGAGACAGGUGUUGCUCUCGGGAUUGAACUAGAUGAUAAGAUGCCCCAACAUGAGUAUUAUGAAUAUUUUGGUCCUGACUAUGCUCUUCACGUUGCUCCAAGUAACAUGGAAAACAAGAACUCCCGACCUUUAUUGGAUGAUAUAAGAUCAAAACUUCUUGAGAAUUUAUCUAGGCUUCAACAUGCGCCAAGUGUCCCAUUCCAGGAGCGACCGCCAAAUACUGAACUUCAAGAGAGAGAUGAAGAUGACGAUGAUAGAGAUGAAAGAUGGGAUCCUGACUUUGACAUGGAUGUUGAUAGAAAUUCUCUUUCAGGAAGGGUGAAAAGUGAAUAUGCUGAAGCUGAGCAUAAAGAUUCGGAAAGCUAUCAUAAUCAUCUAGACAGUAGAAGAGACACCGUUACGACUUUCAAGGAUAUUGCAUGCUCCAAGGUGACAGUGUCCCGCGUAGAUUCAAUGGCAGUGGAUGAACCAUUCAUCAAAGAAGAGCAAGAUAAAUUAGCAGAGCUUUCUGAUCACAGGCCAAGAUGA